AGUGCGCCUGCGCACAGCGCGCUCUCGCCCGAGGAGCCGCAGUCUCGAGAGCGCCGAGGUGUUUCAGUAACCUCUGGCCAGCCUCCCCCGCGAGCCCGGCGUCGUAGGACUGCGCCCAGGGUGGGGACGUCCGCCGGGCACGGGAGGGAGCCACGAUGCCGAUCAAUAAAUCAGAGAAGCCGGAAAGCUGUGAUAACGUGAAGGUGGUUGUUAGGUGCCGACCCCUCAAUGAGAGAGAAAAAUCAAUGUGCUACAAACAGGCUGUCAGUGUGGAUGAGAUGAGGGGAACUAUCACUGUACAUAAGACUGAUUCUUCCAACGAGCCUCCAAAGACAUUUACUUUUGAUACUGUUUUUGGACCAGAGAGCAAACAACUUGAUGUUUAUAACUUAACUGCAAGACCUAUUAUUGAUUCUGUUCUUGAAGGCUAUAAUGGGACUAUAUUUGCAUAUGGACAAACUGGAACAGGCAAAACUUUUACCAUGGAAGGUGUUCGAGCUGUUCCUGAACUUAGAGGAAUCAUUCCAAAUUCAUUUGCUCACAUAUUUGGUCAUAUUGCAAAAGCAGAGGGUGAUACAAGAUUUUUGGUUCGGGUGUCUUAUUUGGAAAUAUAUAACGAAGAAGUUCGUGACCUUUUGGGCAAGGAUCAGACACAGAGGUUAGAGGUUAAAGAAAGACCUGAUGUGGGAGUUUAUAUCAAAGAUUUAUCAGCUUACGUGGUAAAUAAUGCUGAUGACAUGGAUAGAAUUAUGACACUAGGCCACAAAAAUCGUUCUGUUGGUGCAACUAAUAUGAAUGAACAUAGUUCCCGUUCCCAUGCCAUCUUCACGAUUACUAUAGAAUGCAGUGAAAAAGGCGUUGAUGGUAACAUGCAUGUCAGGAUGGGAAAGCUCCAUCUUGUAGAUCUUGCUGGUUCAGAAAGACAGGCAAAAACUGGAGCUACUGGACAGCGCCUAAAGGAAGCUACAAAAAUCAAUCUUUCACUUUCCACCCUUGGUAAUGUAAUUUCUGCCUUGGUUGAUGGAAAAAGCACUCAUGUGCCUUAUCGUAACUCUAAAUUGACUCGUCUUCUUCAGGAUUCCUUAGGAGGAAAUUCAAAAACCAUGAUGUGUGCAAAUAUUGGGCCAGCAGAUUACAAUUAUGAUGAAACUAUCAGUACAUUACGAUAUGCUAACCGUGCCAAGAAUAUUAAAAAUAAAGCUAGAAUUAAUGAAGAUCCAAAGGAUGCUUUGCUUCGUCAGUUUCAGAAAGAAAUAGAAGAACUGAAAAAAAAGCUUGAAGAAGGGGAAGAAAUAUCAGGCUCUGAUAUCAGUGGGUCAGAGGAAGAUGAUGACGAAGAGGGUGAGAUUGGAGAAGAUGGAGAGAAAAAGAAAAAGAGAAGAGGCAGUAGCAGCAGCAGUAGUUCAGACUCCACAUGUUCUGUCAUAGAGAAACCUCUGGAUAAGUUCUUGCCUAACCAAGCAGGUAAAAAGAAGGUUUCCCCAGAUAAGAUGGUUGAAAUGCAAGCAAAGAUUGAUGAGGAGAGAAAAGCACUUGAAACAAAACUUGACAUGGAAGAAGAAGAAAGAAACAAGGCUAGAGCUGAACUAGAGAAACGGGAAAAAGAUCUUCUUAAGGCCCAACAAGAGCAUCAGUCUUUGCUAGAGAAAUUAUCUGCACUGGAGAAGAAGGUAAUUGUUGGUGGUGUUGAUUUGUUGGCAAAAGCUGAGGAACAAGAGAAACUUCUUGAAGAAUCUAAUAUGGAACUGGAAGAAAGGAGGAAAAGAGCAGAACAACUUCGCAGAGAACUUGAGGAAAAAGAGCAAGAACGCUUGGAUAUUGAAGAAAAAUAUACCAGUUUGCAAGAGGAAGCUCAGGGAAAGACCAAGAAAUUAAAGAAAGUCUGGACUAUGCUUAUGGCUGCAAAGUCAGAGAUGGCCGAUCUCCAACAAGAACAUCAGAGGGAAAUUGAAGGCCUGCUGGAGAAUAUUCGACAACUUAGCCGAGAGCUUCGCCUUCAGAUGCUUAUUAUUGAUAACUUUAUACCUCAGGAUUAUCAGGAAAUGAUUGAAAACUAUGUCCAUUGGAAUGAAGAUAUAGGAGAAUGGCAGCUAAAAUGUGUUGCCUACACAGGAAAUAACAUGCGGAAGCAGACUCCAGUUCCUGAUAAAAAAGAGAAAGAUCCCUUUGAAGUGGAUCUUUCCCACGUGUAUCUGGCCUAUACUGAGGAGAGCCUACGGCAGUCCUUGAUGAAACUGGAGAGGCCACGGACUUCAAAGGGGAAAGCAAGGCCAAAGACAGGGAGAAGAAAGCGUUCUGCAAAGCCUGAAACUGUAAUUGACUCUUUACUUCAGUAAAUGUUACAGACUUCAAGUCACAAUAAAAAUUAGUGAUAUUCUCAUCCCUAGACAAAGUCUUUAAUUAAAACACUGAAGACUUUUGUGUAAUUUUAAAUAAUGGAAACUGUAAGUCAUGGAGUAAGACUGGAACUAGUAAUUUGCCUAAUAACUUUCAGUGUCUAUAUGUUAAAUUAACAUUAAAAUUGUACAACUGGUAAUUGUUCAAAUUGUCAUAUUAAUCUUCAGUUUAUACUGUGCAGGGAAGUUGGAGGGGCAGCUCUUACUAGAGAGAGUUGCAGUUUAAAUGUAUACACAAAUCUGCUGGUAAUUUACUCAACUGCUGUAUAUUUAGAUAACCAGAUAUUCAAAAUAGAAAAAAAAAUAUGUUCUGUUUUGCACACAGAAAGUAGCAGAUCUAAUUGUCCUGUGCUGUGCUGUUAGAUAUGAAUGUAUGGGCUGCAUAUCUAAGAAAUGAUUCAACCCUAACAGCCACCUGACCUGUUUAAAUAUGUUCUAGUUUUUAUACUAACAUUCAUUGCAUUUUAGGUAUGAGAUGACUGAUCUUAUUCAUCUGUAGAAAAUUUUAUAAUUCGGCAGUCAAUCUUAAGAAGUAUACAUGUUUAAAAAACAGAAGUUGAAAAUAUGUUUCAUCUGGACCUCUCUUGACCUUUUUUGCCACUUUGACUUCAAGUCAAAUAUACUUUUUUUGUUCUGGUUUCAUGUUCUCUUGAAAUGUUGAGUUUGUAGCUAAAUAUAAAGGAGGCACAGUUGUAGAAAAUUAAGAAGCUAAAUACUGGUCUCUAAUCUUGCUCAUACGUGUGUAUUUUUAAAAAUUCACUUUGAAGUGUGAUUAAUGGAUGGUUUCUUGUGUCUGAGUUCUCAAUUUUAAUGGAAGUUGGUCUGUGUUUCCCAGUUGAGAAAGGUCUCCAUUUUCCAGAAAAUGCAACUAAGGCAGGAAAAAUAUAUUAGUCCUUUGCCUUUAAAACCCUUUGUUUCUUCAUAUUUUAUAAAAAGAAAAUAUUCUUCCCUGAAUUUCUUCCAUUGACAAAUCCAGUUAGACCAUGUUCCUCUAAAAAUAAAAAUUAUUUUUAUCGUAUAGUAAAAUAAGUUGUAAUAGAAUUGUUCUUUUGUUGGCUGCUUACAAAAUUUUUAUUUUUUUUGAAAGUUAUGCUACUCCUAAACCACUUAAUAUAUCUCUUAUGAGUUUUAAAAUUAUGUAAUCAGCCAUGAAACACAUUGGUUGCAAGUUUUGAGACUUCAUAAAUUAGUAUUUAUUAAGUUCACAUUAUUUUAAUAAGUUUGGUUAAAAUACUGGUUUAUAAUUAUAAAGCUGUGUGUGGAGUAGGGGUGAGUGAGGGCUGUGUACUUGUGUGGUGGUCAUAAAAUGUGUCCACAAAUUUAAAGUAUGUUCCAAAGGUGGUCUCAGUGUGCUGUGUGUGGUGACUAUUGUCUAGGCAGUAAGAAUUAUAGUUAACUGGCAGCAUUUUCUUUGUAAUGUGUAAGACAAUUAGAAGUUUAUAACUUGACUCUGUGGGGCAUUGUUUAGAUACUGUGAAGACUUCAAGUGAAUUUUUGUCGUGUAAUAGCUUUGUGUGAGCAGAAUAUCUUGGCAGUUGUAGAUGCACAUUUAACUCUAUUAGUAAUUACUCUAGAGAAAUCUUAAUUUUACCAGUAGAAAAAAAAGAUAAGUACUUCUUCUUUUUAAAAGUCCAUGUUUCUAGCCUUUAACCGUGCAGUUAAUAGGAAAGGAAUAACUAUUAUAUUAAGCUUUAAAACAUUAUAGAAAAUUUAAGCCAGUAUGCUAGAUGUUUUUUCUAUUCCCCUCCACUGCAUUAACAAAAAAAAAUCUGUAAAAAUUGAAAAAACAGUCUGUUUUAGCAGUUUUUUUUUUUAAAAAGCAUUUACGUUAGAACUGAUUAUACCAGAUGGACAAUAAAUAGUCAUCUUAUGAAAUAACAAAAUUAGAUAUUGGAGCCUGGCCUGAGUAUCCACAGGAAAGCACGGGACACUGACUUCAGAGCCACUCGUUUAGCUCCAGUCAUAGAAGUUCUGUGGUUUCUUCACAUUUACUGCGUCUUUGUCCACAAAUGAAAUAUUUUUAACUUCAGUUUAAUUUCAUGAAAGGGUACAGUUGAACAAACGUGCUCAUUAUUUAAAAUAAAUAGGCAGAUUUAAAAUGAAUGUCACCUAUAAAUAGGUUGUUGAAUGGGUAUUUUCUUUUCUCUUUAAUUUAAAAAAGUAAUAUUUAUUUAUUAAAAGGAGCCUUCAUAGAAAGUUAAUUUGUGGUAUGUUCUUUAAUAAACCCUGUAAUUUAUAUAUACUAAUAGUUAGGAUAUUAAAAUAUAAUAGUAUUUCCCAUUUUUCUUUAGAUUCUUGUAAAGUACCAGAUUAAUCGGUGGGGGGGGGUUCUGCGCCUGUGUGUUUAUCGCUCAAGUAGACUCCAUCUGAUAAGCUGUGCCGUCUGCUUUCUGGGGAAGGGAACCUUUUUUUGCAGCAAGAAAUUUAAGGUCACUUUGGGGGAGGGGGGUGGUGCUGCUUCAUCUGUACCACCAUGUUUUUAAAUUAUGAUUAUGGCUUUUGGGUUGGUUUUUUUGUUUUGUUUCUUUUUAGUCUUUUAAAAAUAUCUUUCCCUUUAACUCUUAAGGAAAGUCCCUUUCUUUCCUACAGGGCUGUGAAUUAAGGAAUGGGCAGAGUUUACAUUCAAGCCUGCUAGUGUCUGCCCAAUGUUUAAUGUAUAAAUUUGUUUUCCUUUUUAGUUAUUGUUUGUUCUUAAAAUGCUAGAAGAAAACAGAUCAUCCUAGUGCCUUUGAAAUUGUUAGUAGUGGUCUAAGUUAAAUCAUUAAGGACUUGAAUAGCGUUACUAUAGUACUGCAUCCUGGCCAAAAUUACAAAUUGUACAAUAAGUUUGUUGCAUUAAUUUCAAAAGCCACACACUUUCAUUGUAUUUUAUGUAUAAAUUGUAUUUGUUCAAGUUGUAUAUAUUGAUAUUGUAUGUUUACAUGCAGCAUGGUUAAAUAAAAAAUAAAAAUCUUUGCCU